CGCAGAAUAAGUUGACCAACGGUUUACAAAUCUAUAAAUAAGCAAUUUUAGAUGUGCCAUUGCUUUUACCACGGCCGCACUUGCGUCUUCGCGACACAGAGCUUACCGACUCGUAUAAAUUACUUCACGGUGUUGCUCAGAAAUGACGAGAGAGCUGCACAUCAUUCCGAGCAUCCCGAUAAAGCUACAGGAGGCUGAUGAUACGACGGCACUCCUACGGGCUGCUCGAUCCGGAAAUCUGGAAAAAGUUGUGGAAUAUCUGGAUACAGAUUUGGACAUCAAUACAGCUAAUUCGAACGGAUUGAAUGCAUUGCACUUGGCAUCAAAGGAUGGACACGUGGAGAUUGUGACAGAACUUUUGAAGCGUGGUGCUCGUGUCGAUGCCGCAACAAAGAAAGGAAAUACUGCUCUUCACAUAGCUUCGUUAGCCGGCCAAGUGGAAAUCGUGAAUAUCCUUCUACAGCACGGAUCUACCGUAAACAUACAGUCUCAAAAUGGCUUUACACCUCUUUACAUGGCAGCCCAAGAAAACCACGAUCAAGUUGUCAAGAUACUACUCUGUAACGGGGCCAAUCAAAGUUUAGCGACUGAGGAUGGAUUCACACCACUUGCUGUGGCAAUGCAGCAGGGCCACGAUAAGGUUGUCAGCGUAUUACUGGAGAACGAUUCCAAGGGUAAAGUUCGGCUACCCGCGCUUCAUAUAGCGGCUAAGAAGGAUGAUUGCAAGGCCGCAGAUUUGUUAUUACAGAACGAUCACAAGCCAGACGUCACUUCAAAGAGUGGGUUCACACCUCUGCACAUUGCAGCGCAUUACAGUAAUGAAGAAAUUGCAGGUCUCUUAAUAAAGAGGGGAGCAGAUGUGAAUUACUUAGCUAAGCACAACAUUAGUCCACUUCACGUCGCUGCCAAAUGGGGAAAGAUCAAUAUGGUGAAGUUAUUGUUGGAAAACUCAGCAACGAUAGACGCAAAGACACGAGAUGGCUUGACGCCGUUACAUUGUGCGGCAAGAUCGGGGCACGAUCAAGUCGUUGCAGUUCUUCUUGAAAAUUCAGCACCGAUCAGUGCACGAACCAAGAAUGGUUUGGCGCCUCUACACAUGGCUUCGCAAGGGGAUCACGUGGACGCCGCGAGGGUUCUUCUGUAUCACCGGGCACCGGUGGACGAGGUGACCAUAGAUUAUUUGACAUCUCUGCACGUAGCAGCCCACUGCGGCCACGUGCGGGUCGCUAAACUCCUCCUGGACCGCAGGGCUGAUCCGAACGCGCGGGCUUUGAAUGGGUUCACUCCCCUUCAUAUCGCCUGCAAGAAGAACCGUAUAAAAGUGGUUGAGCUCCUCAUCAAGCACGGUGCCUCCAUCGAAUCUACUACCGAGUCUGGAUUGACGCCCUUGCACGUGGCCAGUUUUAUGGGGUGUAUGAAUAUCGUUAUAUUCCUACUGCAGCACGAAGCCAAUCCUGAUGUCCCAACGGUGCGAGGCGAAACACCGUUACAUCUUGCGGCUAGAGCUAACCAGACUGACAUUAUACGAAUUUUGCUAAGAAAUGGCGCCAAAGUUGACGCCCGUGCCAGGGAACAACAAACGCCGUUGCACGUGGCGUCUCGACUUGGGAACGUGGACAUCGUUAUGCUUCUCCUGCAGCACGGGGCUGCUGUGGAUACGGCGACCAAGGACAUGUACACGGCGUUGCAUAUCGCGGCUAAGGAGGGACAGGAGGAGGUAACGUACAUGGAGAUUUCCAAAUUAGCCGACUAUAUCAACGCACAUAAUAGUAUCUAUCUCUUCUGGACACGGCACCAAGAAUAUUUAAUUUAAUUUCAUUUCAUUUCAUUCAGUUUAUAUAAGAAUUCAUCGCGUCCGCUGUAGAGACAAUAUGAGCUUUUAGUUGUAAUUAUAUGCAUACACCUAUUCUCCUUCAUAUCAAAAUUGGCAUGGACGAACCCCAGCCCAGCCCACCCCACCCCACCUCAUCAGUCACGCAUAUACGUACUUUAUUUCUCUCUUUCUUUCUCAUGUAUCAUAUUUCCAUUUUCGUACAUUUUGUCGUUGGUAGUUGAAUAAAUAUAUGAUUUGUUUGUGUA